AUGAAAUUCUGCCUUCUUCCGGCUUCCGAUUCGAUGGGACCCGCCGCAACUCUUUGGCUUCGCUUGUAAAUCCCUAACGUAACGAUCGAACGGUCGUCCUCUCCGUCGCCUGCCAUCUCAUGCCUCCGCCUCAAAAAUCCCUCGUCGCUUCUGUUCUCAGCCACCCGAAAGUCGCCGCCCGCCUCAACCCUAACGUCGCCGCCUCCCUCCUCCCCGUCCUAGCCACUCCCUCCCCCUCCCUCCUCCCUCUCCGCGCCGCCCACGCUCUCCUUGCCGUCUCCGGAUCCACCGCCCACAAGCCAGUCGCCCGCCACCUCAUCCUCCUCUACUCCCGCUGCUUCCCUGACGAUGCCAUCCUCCUCCACUCCGCCCUUCGAUCCCCCGACAACGUCUCUGCUAACAACAUUAUCAAAUCUCUCGUCCGCGUCGGAUCCGACGGCUCCCGGGCCGUCCAUUUCUUCGCCUGCCAUGCCCACCCGGUUGGCUCCCGGCCAAGCCUUUCCACCUUCCCCCUCCUCAUCACCUCAGCCAAGCUCCGGGAAUCAAUUCACCAAGGCGAGAUGUUCCACGGCCUUGCAUUGAAGUUGGGAUUUUUAAGCAAAUUGCCUGUGGCCAACUCCUUGAUCCACUUGUAUGCUUCUUGUGAUGCGUUGGACCUGGCAAGGCAGUUGCUCGACGAAAUUCCCGUGAAAGACCACGUCUCAUACAACUCCGUUCUGGACGGAUAUGUCAAAAGUUGCAAUUUUGGUCAGGCCGAGCAGCUGUUUCAGAUCAUGCCUUCCCGUAGUAUCAUUUCUUGGUCUACUCUCUUAAAUGGGUAUGUCAGAAACAAGAUGUUUAACAAGGGAAUAUUGUUAUUUCACCAAAUGCAACAGCUUGGGGUUGAGCCGGAUGAUUGCUCGCUGAUCAGUGUGCUGUCAGUCUACUCGCAGUGUAAGCUUCCACUGCAUGGAAAAUCAGUACAUGGGUUCUUGGUGAGGAGGUGGCGGAGGAUACCAACUCAUGUAAGUAAUGCAGUGGUCGGCUUCUACUGCAAGUGUGACUUGUUAGAAGCAGCAGCUGAAGUAUUCAAGAGAAUCACCAACAAGGAUCUGAUUUGUUGGAACACGCUGAUAUCUGGAUUUGGAAGUCUUGGCCGUAGCAUGGAAGCAAUCGGUUUCUUCAAUACAAUGUUGCAGGAAGGUGUAAAACCAAAUGACAUUACUUUUACAUGUAUCUUGGUAGCCUGUGCUCAUUCAUGCUUGGUUGAGGAAGCACACAAAUAUUUUAAGAUGAUGACUGAAAAGUAUAAUAUCAAACCAAAAUUUGCACAUUACUGGUGUUUGGUUGAUCUAUAUGUUCGAGCUGGAAAUCCUGAAGAUGCACUGAAGGCAAUUCAAAAUAUGCCCUUGCAUAAUUCGUCUGCUAUAUGGGGUGCAGUAAUUUGGCUAGCAAAGGUUCGAGGUGAUAUUAGUGUAGGAGAGCAUUUAGGGAAAUGUUUGAUUGAGCUGGAGCCAUAUAAUAGCAAACGAUAUGCCCCUCUAGUAAAUGUUUAUGCUGCAGCAUCAAGAUGGGACAAAUAUAAAGAGUUGAAAGACUUGAUGAAGGCAAGAGGAUUAAAAAAGCUGCCUGAUUCUACACUGAUAGAUUUGAAUGUUGUUGUUCACAAGUUUUCUGUGGGCGAUGAAUCCCAACCAGAGAUUCUGCAAGUAUAUGAAAUGCUGAAGAAAAUUGCAGAACAACUAAAAUUGCAGCAUCCUAGGGUUGAUGAAACCACAGUUGAUGCGAUUUAGUUCCGGAAGAAAAUUUCAUAAUCUUGGAUAUUCCUCUCCUCAAUUGGUUUAACACUGCAGGACUGCAGCUGGUCAACCAGAAAUGUUAAGCAGUUCAGCUUUAUCUGCUAGCUCAAGCAUGGUGGAAGCGUUCUGAAUCAGGUCUCUAGCAACAUGAAAAUGAGUUGCCGGAAUUUUGAUUAAAGUACCAACGUAGACUAAAACCAUGAGCUACUUCAGGUUCCUUGUUCUUGUGUCUUUAUCUUUUGGAAAAAGAGGCGGUAAGUAUUUUAUGAGAAUAAAACCUCUUUCGGAAAGGGUUUUACUUUCUAAAAUACAUGUAACUUGAGCUGUGAAGAUAUGCAUUACAAUUCUUUGGACCUGUAAAGUCCAUUAUCGGAUUGCAUGGAUGUAAUUUGAACUCUGAAAUAAGGAUUACAAUUGAACCAGCCUCUUUGGCAUCUCAAAGUCUGUCUCAUCCACAUUAUGCAGAUAGUUAUCCAAAUAGAUAAGGAGUAUGAUUUCUCGUACCGAAGAGGAGAUUCCCAGAGUACUCGAGACAAUGCCGUCUGAGGCUAUUCUUCCAUAGUCACCUUUGGAAGUGUCAUAUUUAGUAAUUGUCCUCCAUCUUGAUCAUUCUUUUGGAUCAGCAGGAGAGCCAACUGGAGAGCCUACGCGUGGCACCGACAUGAGACCGGAUGCGGACGUGUUAGAAUCUGAUAAAUCGAUCCAGAAAUUGGAGCAGAGGACAGUGAAGGAUCGCCCACCUCUCACAAAGAUUUUCGUUUCAUGUUUUCAGCUUAUUUAUUGGGAAAAAAACACGUGCGGUCAUCGUGCAGAUGUGCCAUCGUAUCCGUUGGAUCGAUAAUCGACGGCGGCGAGCUUGCGGAAUGGCGGGAGGAAGUGACGG